AUGCCGGAUAUUCCUCUCAAUCCCAAACCAUUCUUGCAAAAUCAAAUAGGAAAGAAAGUGAUCAUCCGUCUCAAGUGGGGCUUGGAGUACAAGGGAUUUCUUGUUAGCACGGACAACUAUAUGAACUUUCAGCUGGCAAAUACGGAGGAAAUACAGGAUGGCAACUCCAACGGAACUUUAGGAGAAGUUUUUAUUCGUUGCAACAAUGUGCUGUACCUGCGCGAAUUGAACGAAGAGUAG